GAACCCUCAUAUACGAACAUGAGCAUCGACAGGAUGAAGAAAUGGAAAAGUGUCUCCGAAGAAGACGAGGACGGACGUCGUGCAACCGUUCUCUCUUUCCUGUCGUACCUACAGUAAACCAAGAGAACGAUGCCUAAGCCUGCUGUUAAAGCCACUUCUGCUUCUGCGCCUCGGGGCCAUAAGACGACGACGGCUACUCCAGUCGCUCCAGCAGUGGAGACCACCAAGGCGUCGUUGCUGGAACGUGUCAAGUGCCGUUUUGUGUCCUCGCGCCCGGGCCCCAACCCGUGCAUCGUGUUGCCCAUGGCGUUCGUGCUCAUCACGGCCGCUGCGUCCGCUUCCUUCUUUGUCAUCCAGGAUAGGCUGGAAGGGGGACACCGCGACCUGCUUAACGAAGCACCGCAAGACAGAUCGGCUGCUGCGAAGAGCAGCACCGGAAGGACGGCAAGUGUGACUGCCCCAUCGACGCACACUAGCGGGACGUCGUCCAGUGAAGAAAUGUUCGCCCCAUUGCUUCUGUCAAAUGCGACCGGGAGUCCUGACGUGGUUCCAAACACCACAGUGCACAAUGUCCUUGAACAGGGAGCAGAUGACAACACAACUGUGUCUCAUUUGGGGCAGCUUAAUACAACAGUUUCCCUUCAGGACAGCAAUAGCACAGGAGACUGAUAUUGAUUGAAUUGCUCAUUCGUUUGAUAUGAAAUUUGCAGUGCUUUGUGAUAGUGGUUGUAUCUAAUAACUUAAUUUUUCUUCUUCGGCGAAUUAAAAAUGUCGUCUACUAGUAGUGCCAUCAAUACUAUUCAAAAGCAUACAAGUGCUCAAACCAUCUGAGUUCCUGCGAGUGAACGUGGAAAAUUAUUUGUAGAUCUGAACCGCAAUCACUGAUUUGUGUAAUCACCGUACCGAAAAAUAAAGUUGUAGUGUUACA